AUGGCCACCGAGCAGCAUGUCUGCCGCCCCUAUGGUAACGAUACCACCCCAGUGGCAACGAGUCUCAUCACCGACACAACCGCGUGCGGACGCGGCUCUCCUGGACAAAGUGCAGACGGUCAAGAAGGGGCUCUAGCUGCCAUCCUGCCAACGCAACAAACUCGCCCAGCUCGGUCUCGUCAAUCCCAGACGGCCCACAGGCCGUCCUCUGCCGGUAGCCAAACGCGUGCGCCACGCAUCCAUGGCCGCUCGUCCACUCUGCGUCCCUCGUACAAGCCUCUCCGUCCCUGCCACAGCAGUGAACAACCAUCGGUCCCCGAGGACUACCAACCAAACUCCGUGGGAACAAGUACGCAGGAACACAUCCUGCACGCACCACCAUCACCGGACUAUGGUGCUUCUGUCGCUCCCGCUCCUCCUCCUCCACGAUGCCUUGCAUCUGCUCGAUCCAUCUCGUCCACUGCUCCUCAGUCAUCGCCCCCUUCGGCGACUGCACGUCCUCCGUCCCACCGCCACUCCCCGUGUCGUCCAUCCUGCCUUCGCAGAGAGAAAGAAGAAAAAAGAAGAACAACUCACCCUCCGUCUCGUUGUUCCGUCCCGACUGUCGCUCUGCUAUUGCUUGCUCCUGCAAAGUAGAAGGAAGAAAUGUCCUGCCAGUUCAUUCUUCGAGGAGGGC